AUGGCAUCCGACAUGCCUCCCGUACAGUCCCUAGACGUUGGCGGAUUAUCGAGUAAUGCCAUCUCAGACUUCGGUCCCAUCCUGGCACUCUUCGGCGAACAGGUUGCGAAACAAUACAUGAGCCAGUCAAUGGGAUGGGUUGACAACAUCAUAUUCGCUAUGGCACCACUGGGUAUUAUUACGGCCAUUGUCGGAGCAAUUCGGGUGGGUGGAUCUGGAUGGUUAAGAGCAAUUAUUGGCAGGGCAAGGGAGAAUCGUGCGAUGGCUGAGGUCGAGUUGAUGUCCUCUACGUCACAUGAAGUUUGCGAAAUGUGGAAUGGUCAGAAUAUCGUCAGGAUCAUGGGUGGGCCGAAGAUUCGAGAGAUAAUAUUUGAUGCGAAGGCGAUAAAGGUCAACACUCCGAACAGCAUUGAUCGACAUCAAAUGCUUGAUGGCGUGAUCGGAGGGCCGAACACAUGCAAUCUUUACACUCUAGACGAACUUUAUGGCACCGCACCUGACCAACCCAGUUGGAUAAGGAAAUGGUUGAAUAGUGACCAGAGACGAAAGGCUCCCGGAGAUGCUGUAGCAGGACCAAUAGUCCAAGAUCCUGAAUCCGCCGCUGAAUCACCUGUGCAGGCUACUGAGAAAAACACACCUCAACACCAAAAGCAGGAGCAAAUGGGAAGUGCCCCAAAUAUAUCGCUUAAUCUUCACAGUCAUGUGAACAAAUUUGAACUAUAUCUGGUCGCAAUAUUCGGGACCGUAGUACAGACGGCUGUUUUGGUGUAUGCCCACCAGUCCGAUUAUAACUCGGCGCUGAGAGAAAGGUUGGAAUCAACGCCUGUGGCCUGGGCUUGGUACUGCACUCUUAUGGGAACUAUUGGAGUGGUCGUUGGGAUGUUAUGCUGUUCCUACAUUAUUGAUAAAAGCACCAUUGAAGAACGAUACCCCGUCGAAGGCCACAUUAUAUGGUUACAGAAAGGCGAAACCGUUAAUGACCAAGUAUUCCACUCCCAUGCUAUAUUCGCAAACGAAAAAAAGUCCAAUAUCAUGACCUCUCGUCGAAAUCAUAGGCUUGUUGACUCAAAUAAUAUUGAUUCGCGUCUCUUUGAAUAUGCAACCACUGCCUCUACAUUGCUUAGCCUCUUCGGAUUUAUCUUUCAAUUUAUGGGUCUUCGGGGGAUGCAUUGGUCUGUCUCUGUUGCUCAGGUUGGAGCAACAAUGGUUAUGACUGGUCUGAGAGCCAUCGUACGUCGAGGGCUUUCGGAAUGCCCACGCUCCCAACAGCUACCGCCAGAUCAUGAGAUGGAUUGGUUAGCGGUGAGGGUGUCCAGCGUUACUGAUAGGGCAAGGCUAUGGGGAGCACAAGAGACGACACUCAACCGCCCGGCGGGAAGUCGAUGGAGGAACCUGACCUGGCGAAAGACCCAACUCCCAUAUACGAAAAAAGAAACCGACGGAUUUUGGGGACAAGGAUGUUACAGUUGGGGCAUUAUCACAGGUCCAAAGGGUAACGGAUACGAGACUCCAAUGCUGGACAUCUCAGGGCUGCCUGCUGUAGGAAGGCAUAGUGCGCUAGAGGUUGUUCAAGCCCGAAUACGUCUCGGUUACCUAACAAGAUGGCCAGGAGGCUAUUCGGAUGAAGCAACCUCUGUUGCUGCUGCAAUAGAGAUUAUGAUGAAUAACAAUGUUCUAAGAGAUUUUGACCCUGAGGAGAAGGGGUUUUCUUGGUAUAUGACCGCUCGAUUCCAGGAGUUUCCCGAAAAUAUCAAAUUUGCAGUCCAUAGGAAUAAAGACGGGGAAUGGAAAGCCGAUCUUUCUGAGAUUGAAGCCGUGUUGUCUUUAUGGAUGUUUUCGGUAUUUGAAAAAGAGAAUACUGCUCCCAACGAAGACUCCAGCUUGGAUGAGAGGGAUGUGGGGGGUGAUUGGUUGCGAAGUGGUAAAGCAUCAACGCGGAAAGGUAUUCGGCUUCUUGGUUCUAGCACACCUUGUUUGCGUAGGGAUAUCAAGUGGUGGACCGGUAAUGGCGCCAAAGCGGUGGCAGAGAUCGAUCUAUCUCAAAAAAGCGAAGACAUCUCCGAGUCUAGAAUAAAAAUCAGCGAUGAUCACAAAAUCGUGGGAUUUGGAGGGGCAGAGUUAAGUACAGGAACCUAUAAAAGCAAAAUACUAGCAGAAAUCCCUAUUAUCGAGAUUUCAUUGGCAAACGAAGUUACACCUCCCCCCACUGGUGCCCUAAACGGAUCAUCGUCACACCUAAACACCGACAGCACCAAUAAUCCAUCCACACAUGUAAUGCCACUAUCCUCCUCAACAACAGUACUUGGAACAGGAGCUGUUAUCAAUCUAGAGAAGCCCCGGUGUUGUCUUGCGACCAUUUCCGAGGCCCCAGUUGCCAUGCUUUUUUCGCAGGAAAUGUUCUCAGCAUUUCUAUGGGCCUUUGCGGGGUCCACAAGAACAAAGCAACUCACCGGAAAGACAAGUGUAGUGGAGUCCACUCUGAGUCAAAAAGAACGAUGGCAAUCAGUCACACUCCAAAACGAUAACCUCACCAGUCUAAUACAAGAAAUCGGGAAGACCGGUCUGGGUACAUUCAAUGAUAUUUACAUGAGUAUCAUUCCGCCCUUUAGCGCGAAGGGGAAGCUUCCGGAUACCAGUGUUGUCGUGGAGUAUAUCAAUGAUCAAGCCAAGAAAUAUCAACUCGACAGGAAUUGGGAGCAAGCUGCGAAUAUGUACCUUUGGACUUUCAGGGCAUGCAGUCUUGGGCCGCUUGAACCGGUCUACACGGCCCAGCACCCGGUGGAGAGCCCAGCGCCACAGGUGCCUGUCUCUUCGGCAGUAAAAACGAAUAUCCAACACCCGGAUUCAGUAACCGCCCCGCCAGGACCCACAACAAGCGUCGCACCCAGCAACAAAUCGCCUAGACCAGAGUCAACAGCCCAGGUCAGAGCUACAGCAGCAUUCCUUGUGUUUUUAAACUCAUGGAGAGCAGAAAUUGUCAGGUUCAGAGGAGACAAUUUGGAACAAGCACACGACCCUUCCCGAGCUUUGGCUGUACAAUUGGCUAGGUAUGCCAAGGCCUUACAUGACUUUCAGGAUGUCAGGAUAAUGCGCCACCUAGAGCGGCUAUAUUGCAGGCAAGGCCUCAGUCUCGAAUUACUAAAGACCAAUCAAGGACUGUCCCUGUCAACCGAGGAUCCACCGGGCCCUCACCGCAGAGAUAAUUUCUCGAUAUUCGACGAUCAGUCCAACGACAAUCCACCGGACACCCGGCCAAAUGAUGAUCCAUCGGGCUCUCAGUCUAACGAUAAUACAAAGGACUCUCAGUUUAAUCAUGAUCCAUCAGAUUCUCAGUUCGAACUCUCAGGAGAUGGCACCUGCCAUCUAACGCAGCAACAUCAAGCCAUUUUUGAGUAUCUGUUGGAGCCAAGAGUAAAUUAUCAUACCGAUAAAAAGGAUGUGCUGGGGUGGACCCCACUGCACUAUGCUGCCAGCAUAGGGUACGAGGAAUGGAUCGAGAAGCUGCUGAAGGAUGGUGCUGACUGGAGGUCGGAGGAUCUGGCUGGACGGACACCAUUGCAUUCCGCCGCCGAGAAUAGACGAAUACAUCUUGAGUGGACGCACAUUCGAAGCAGGGUAAACGUAAAUGCUCAAGCGUAUGAUGGGUUCACGCCAUUGCAUUGUGCUGCAAGAAGUGGGAACGAAGGGAUGGCGCAGCUACUGCUUCAGUCUGGGGCUGAUUUGCACAUCUAUGAUCGUUCACGAAAGACAGCACUUCAUUGGGCAGCAUACACUGGAUCCACUUUUAUAGUCCAGCAGCUUCUUCGUUCUGGUGCAAAUCGCGAAGCAAGCGACGAGUUUGGAAGAACACCAUUAGAGCUUGCUGCAAUGCAAGGAUUUCCUGAUGUGGUGGAGUGUAUGGUGAGGGAUGCCACAGAAAAACAAAAAUUAAGAGCUAUGCAUUUUGCUGUUCUCCACGACCGAGUUGAGGUUUUACAGGUGCUUUUUGAGCAUGGAACCUGUAUAGAUGGGUGCACGGGUGCCGAGGGGGCGCUACAUAUAGCGGCCAAUUUGCGUAACGGAGAGAUUUCGAUCACCUUUUUAUCGGAGGGUGAAUGUGUUAGUCUUGCGAGUGCGGCUCCAAGUAACCACAGUUCCAAAAUACUACAUAUGACGGUCGAUGAGAGCAAUAGAGAGAUAGCAAAUAUCAUGUUGGAGAAUCAACAAAGCGCACGUAGUGCGAGGGGCUCGAAGGCUGCUUUGCAUGACGCAAUCGAGAAUGGCAGGGUAGAGCCAAUAAAACUCAUGCUCUUCUAUGGCGCGAACCCUGAUGCGAGUUACGGGAGCCUGUCAGCUUUAGCUAUGGCAGUCAGGCAACGCUGCGUAAAAAUAGUGAACGUAUUAUUGAAAUUCGGCGCCAAUCCGGAUGCAGAAUAUGGCUCGCAGUGUGCAUUGCAUGCGGCGGUCCAGCAGAACAGCAUAGAUAUGGUGAAGUUAUUGUUAAAACAUGGGGCGGAUGCAAAUGGGAGCCGUGGCUCAGAAACAGCAUUGGAUUUGGCGAGCAGGAAAGGUAGGGUGGAUAUUGUUCACGUUUUAAUGCUUUACGGUGCACGUUAUGGCGGACAUUGUCCAGAUGCACAUAGAUCUUUUCGAAGCAAUUUUGACUCGAACGAGAAUGAGAUGGGGAGCGAAACAAGCUCUGCUCGGGACGCCACCACCUUGCCCUUCGACACUGGAAACCCGCCCUCCGACACUGAAGACGCGCCCUCCGACACUGAAGACGCGCCCUCCGACACUGAAAACCCGCCCUCCGACACUGAAGACGCUCCCUCCGACACUGAAGACGCACCCUCGAUUAAAAAUUCGGAUCGUGAGCCGUAUAUCUUUCCCGAUUGGCAGAGAGGAACUGGUUAUGCUCUGCUCGGGUUAAUCGAACAUGAGCAUGGGAACUCUACCAAGGUCCAGCUACUAUUUGAUAUCGGAGCCAACCCCGAUAUCGCCGACGGAAUGCCGCUUAUGUUGGCAAUUUCCAAAGAGAACGAAGAGUUAAUGAGGCUUUUGUUGAAACAUGGCGCAACACCUGAUAGGAUCGAAGAUUGGGGCCACCGGCCAAUAAUACGUGCUGUAGUAAAGAAAGGAAACAUAGCACUAGUGAAAAUACUGGUGGAUAAUGGAGUAAACCCCUGCCAAGAAGAUUACGAGAAGCUUAUAAUUGAGGCCAUCGCCGGGCAUCAUGUGGAGAUGAUUAAGUUCCUUAUGGAUUACAACGAGUUCGUUACGGAUGGCAACGGUCUAAGAACCGCGGGGGGGAUGUGUGACCGCAUAGGAUCAAGUGCAAACCGCACGGGAAACGCUGAAGUCAUCAAACUAGUCUUCAACUACAUUACCGUGGACCCGAGGUAUACUGAUGACGAGAGCUAUAUGCCUCGUAUUUCACCUCUCACCAGCUGA